UUAAACUUGCCCUCAAUGACCCUGUGGCCCAUUGCCCAGGGAUAACUGAGGGUCAGACACAAACAACCAUGCCGCUGGGGAAAAAAGUGCGGCCAAGUUCUGCCGCAGGGAAGUUGGAGACUUUUGCCAUUAGCAGCAUUUUUCAAGACAUCAGAUCUGACAUAGUCAAGCCUACAAUACCCAGAAUUAAAUCUUCACAAGCGCGGGCAAAGACAUCAAUUCCAGGAACCAGACGAGGCUUGACUCCCAUUGGGUGGCGUUCACAGGUUGAACAAGAGGAGCGUCCUGAGUGGUUAGAGUGGGAGCUAAUUAAACAACGUAGCAGAAGGCACUCGGUGGGACUUUCCCAGAAUGUGGCAACAAGCGACAAUAUUCAAAAGUUUGGAGACACACUAAAAAGCUUGAGAAAGGGCAAGAUUGAACAGCAAGUCUCCCUGGAACACCUGAAGAGUAUGCAGGCUGCCUUUGAGGAGUUUGAAAAUGCUGGAAGGAAAUACUUAGAUGUGGAGGCAUUCAAGAAAAUAAUGAAGAAGUGCCUGGGAUUCCAUGGAGUACAUGAUCAAAUUGGAGAACUAUUCAGAAAGAUUGAUUAUUCUGCAAGUGGUCAGAUUGAUUGGGAUGAAUUCUGUACCUACAUGCAACUGAAGUAUAAGAAGAUUGAAGAAUCCAACUCACAAUCAAAACAUACCUCAUUCGCCCUUCCUGCAAUGGUCAGAGAGUUUUCUCAUGCAGAGCAGAUCCUGCGGAUUUGCUACACUCCCGAUGAUACUUUCAUCAUGAUGCGAGAGGAUGGGAUCAUUUCCUUCUGGUCAGCUGAGCUAAAGCUGAAACGAACCAGGAGACUCUUUGAGAGGCCCACUGGCCGAAAACCUAAAUGGAUAACUGACUUCACCAUCAUGUCGCAAUAUAACAAGUUCAUCCUGAGUACUGGCGAUCGGGAAAUUCAGAUUUAUGAGCUGUCUACCUUGGAGCCAUAUUGUCAGAUUACUGGUUUGGAAACAGGACCGUUACAGCUUGACUACUGCUCCACAGGUGAAGAUGACUGUAUGAUUCUAUAUGGAGAUGAUCAGGGCUGUGUAAAUAUUUUGCUUCUAACAUCAGUAGGAGAGACAUUGAGAACAUGGAAGAAGUGGCCCAAGGUGGAUAACUUUCCCACUGUCAGCAUUGAAAACUCUUCCCUGUCACCAAACGUCACUUGCAUUCGAUGGAAGGUACAUGAAGACUGGGUAACACAGAUGAAGUAUUAUGAUGCAAUCGGGUCAAUUAUAUCUUCCUCAAAUCAUGAAGCUACAGCAUUGGUUAUAGGUUGCACUACUGGAACCACCAACGUGGAAAAACAGAUGAAGGGAUUGAAGGAAUGCUGGAGAGAGGGAAGAGGCAUAAAGAGUCAUAGUGCUCCUGGCAUUCCUCAGAAGAGGCUUGAGUGUGAUCAGUCUGUAUUCCGUGUUCACAAAGGUGUAAAAACAUUUGACUUCUGUAAAAAGAACAACCUGAUUGUAACAGGUGGAAUUGACAGAAUUGUGCGCAUGUGGAACCCUUAUAUUCCUGGGAAACCCACUGGCUUGUUGAGAGGCCACAGUGCUCCAAUUUUCUAUCUAUACAUCUCUACUGAUGACAAUAAGAUGUUUUCUGUCUCCACUGACAACACUGUGAAGAUCUGGGAUAUUGAAGACCAAAGUUGCUUGUUCACAGCCAAUUCAAAAGCCAGUCAAAUUAAAGGAGAUGUAUCUGCAUGUCAGUAUGUACCAGGGCUCAAAGGACUUUGCAUCGCUGCAGAUGGUGUUGCGCUGCUCCAUCUAAGGACAGAACCUCAGUCUAAGCCAAACCGCACCUGUUCCCAUAAUGAGCCAGCUCUGUGCUGCAAGUACAGUCACGAGUUCCGGCAGGUCAUCAGUUGUUCAGAAGGAUCUGUGAUCAAAGUCUGGGACCUUGAUACAGGAAAGCUUCUAUUUGAAUUUAGUGGAGCGCAUGGUGAUUCUGCUAUUUGCUGCAUGACAUUUGAUGACAGUGGAAGGAGACUUAUUACAGGAGGAAGAGAUGGAUGCUUGAAGAUCUGGAAUCAUAACAAUGGCCACUGUUUAAGAAUAUUAAAGAAAGAGAACAGAUGUGAUGAAAUCUGUGACUGCAUCUAUGUGGAGAUGCACAAAAAUAAAUAUGUGCUUGCUGUUGGAUGGGACAGAAGAAUAAACAUAUACUGUGAUUCCUUUGGUGACCACCAUCAUACACAGCCCCCUGAGCCACAUUGGCAGGAUGAUCUGAAACGAGGACACAAGGAUGACAUUCUAUGUAUAGCCCAGUGUCCUCCCACUCUGCUUGCCACUUCCAGCUACGAUGGGGAAAUAAUAGUGUGGAACAUGAUCUCAGGACAUAUCUAUUGUCAUCUACAGAUUCCCCCAACAACAGUGUGCAGAGCUGGAGAAGCAGUGGAUAAGAGUGUAAACAAAGUCACAUUCUUGAAGACCCGUGUGCUGAAGGCUGACUUGGGAGCUUCACUUGUUGCUACUGGAUCCCAAGGUUUGCUUGUAUUCUGGAAUCUCUUUCAUGGUGGACAACUGUUUAGUACUUUUACUGCAUCCAAAGUGAAAUCUCAGAUAAGCAGCCUGGCUGUGUCAGCUGAUGACUCUUUGCUUUUUGCAGCAGAUUAUGUUGGAUAUAUUUAUGUGUAUAGUAUGAAGGACUUUGCAAUUCAUGGACCAGAAGUAGAUCCACCGAAACUUGUUAACUACUGGAGAGCCCAUAUUAGUGCUGUUACUUGCAUCGAGCUAAUAGAAGAACAGAAGUUGAUGGUGACAUCUUCUGUUGAGGGUACUGUCCGACUGUGGAGCAUGGAUGGGGAGCUUAUUGGCACAUUUGGGCAGCUGGAGCUCUGGGAAAUCCAUGCACCAGCAUCUUGGAAGCACCCAAUGGUUCCCUAUGAAAUUCUGAUUGACCCACUCAGCAUGCCUAUUCACCCAGUGUUGGAGGAAGAAUCAUCCUUUAUACAGCUCAGCAAUUUUGAAAAAAAUGAAGAAAUCAUAGAAGACACAGAAUCAAAGGAUAAAUUAGAUCUUCAGCACAAAUUUUCAAAGUCUAUAAUUUCUGAUGAUGCUAUCAGUGAAGAAAUAAGAAAGAAGACCCUCCAGAACAAUCUUGGAAAAAGACUUCGACAUGAAAGACAUCAGAGCUUGAAUAAACCACUAAACCAUGGAGGGCCGGAUGCUUACCAUACCCUGAAGUAUUUUGAUAUUGCUAAUGCCCCAAAUAAGUGUGAAAAACCAGACUUAUCAGCAGCAGGCACAGAUCCAUAUGCAACCCUUUUCUUGAAAGAAAGUACCUGUAAGCCUGAACCUGAGGAAUUGUUAUCAAUAUGAAUUUUUUCUGCAUCUUGUUUA